UCUUGUGAUUUCAACAACACAAGGUGUUAAUGAAAUAGAGGCAGCAAUAGCAUGCAUUUUCGUCCCCCCUCCGCUACUCAUAAUUAUAAUGCUAGUAAUUAAGCAGUCUCCUCAAGUCUCAACCCAUUCCCAUCUAUUUCUUCACGCCUUUUACUUCUUCUUUUCAUACACAAAAUUCAAUCCCAUUUCCAUCAACCUAACGCAUCUCUUUCUGUUUCCAGUUCAUAUUUCUUUCCUUUUUCAAAUCAUAAUAAUAAUAAUACAGUUGUUUUCCUUUUGCAUGCACACACGCCUAUUUAAAUGCCUUCUUCCAUCAUAACUCCCUCUACACUUGGUCCAAUAUUCGCCUUUCUCUCCUAUGUCAAGAAUGUGGCAACUUAUAAUAAUACUUGCCCUUCUAAUUUGCUAUCAUGUGAAUGCUGAAGAUCCUUACAGGUUCUUCACUUGGAAUAUCACCUAUGCUGACAUUUAUCCUUUGGGUGUUCGCCAACAGGGAAUUCUGAUCAAUGGCCAGUUUCCUGGACCUGAUAUAUAUGCAGUGACCAACGAUAAUAUCAUAGUCAACGUGUACAAUAAUUUGCCGGAGCCAUUCCUUCUCUCCUGGAACGGAGUGCAGCAGAGGAAGAAUUCAUUCGAAGACGGAGUGUAUGGGACAACAUGUCCAAUUCCUCCUGGCAAGAACUUCACCUACGUUAUGCAAAUGAAAGAUCAAAUUGGGAGCUUUUACUAUUUCCCAUCCCUCGCAUUCCACAAAGCAGCUGGUGGAUUUGGUGGGAUUAGGAUCCUGAGCAGGCCCAGAAUCCCUGUCCCCUUCCCUGAACCCCACGGGGAUUUCACCCUUCUCAUUGGAGAUUGGUACAAGACAAAUCACAACGUUUUGAAGUCAAUUUUAGACCAGGGAAAGAUGCUUGCUUUUCCUGAUGGAAUCCUCAUCAACGGGCGUGGAAAUAAUAGUGCAUGGUUCACAGUGGAACCAGGGAAAACAUACAGGUUGAGGAUAUCAAAUGUCGGGCUCCGGGAUUCACUCAACUUCAGGAUUCAGGGACACGAGAUGAAGCUGGUUGAAGUGGAGGGCACUCACACUGUGCAGACCACUGUAUCCUCCCUGGACGUACAUGUUGGCCAGUCCUGUUCUGUUCUAGUCACCGCGGACCAGCCAGCUCAGGACUAUUACAUUGCCGUAUCUACACGUUUCACCGACCAGGUCCUCACCACCACCGCCGUUCUUCACUACAGCAACUCCAGAAAGCCCGUUUCCGGCCCUCCACCCCCUGGACCUACCACUGAUAUUCAGUGGUCGCUAAACCAGGCUCGCUCCAUCAGGACGAAUCUGACAGCCAGUGGACCAAGGCCAAACCCUCAAGGUUCAUACCACUAUGGCCAAAUCAAUGUGAGCAGAACUAUCAGACUGGCCAACUUACCUGGUAUAGUGAAUGGCAAGCAACGGUAUGCAGUGAACGGUGUUUCAUUUGUUCACGCUGACACGCCUCUCAAGCUGGCGGACUAUUAUAAUAUCAGUGGGGUGUUCCGUGUGGGAAGCAUUUCUGACUACCCCCCCAGGGGCAGAGGAAUUCGGCUCGACACAUCAGUCAUGGGAGCAGACUACAGAGCAUUUGUCGAGAUAGUGUUUGAGAACCGUGAAAACAUCACCCAGAGCUGGCAUCUUGAUGGAUAUUCUUUCUUUGUAGUGGGGAUGGAUGGAGGUUCUUGGACGCCUAGCAGCCGGAAACAGUAUAAUCUGGUAGAUGCCAUUUCACGCUCCACCACACAAGUUUAUCCCAAGUCAUGGACAGCAAUUUAUGUGGCACUUGACAAUGUAGGAAUGUGGAACCUGAGGAGCGAGUAUUGGGCUCGGCAAUACUUGGGCCAACAGUUUUAUCUGCGUGUUUAUACGCCAGUCCGGUCUUUCAGGGAUGAGUAUGCCAUUCCACAGAACGCUCUGCUUUGUGGACGAGCUGAUGGCAAGCGCUCAUAAUACUUCCAUUAUACAUGUAUAAACCAUUUGUACAAUUUAAAGAAUUGCGUACAAUCACAAUAUUCUUUUACAACUCUGGCAAAUAAAUGAAGGAGAAGAAGAGAAAAGUUUAAUGGGUUUGGAACUCUUUUAUGUUUCAUCUUAAACAAUAGUAGAUUAUAUUCAGAGGGAUACAGCAGAA